UCAAUCUUUAGACAAUCUUCCCAACUUCUUCUGCCAUUCCGCCCAUCUUUCGCCGCCCAUCGAUUUUUUGUGCAUCUCCAACGUGCCAGGCUCCAGGCUUGUGGUCGCUCCAUCCCGGGUGGCAGUCCCUACAUUCAACCCUUGACCGAGGCGCGAUGCUCGUCGAUACCAGCUGCCUGACCAGGGUUAGCGGGCGGUCGGAAAUGACAUGAUGAUGUGCUUCGAUAUGGGAGCACGAGAUGUGCUUCUACUUUGCAACUAAUGUUCAGUGACAGAUACGAGUAGCCCAGACUUCCAAUUGAUACGAGCUCGAGCAGUGCCACAAUAAUCCCAAAUCAUAUAUGAACCUCCCCGCCCGAGGACAUGGAAUUGGCUUUCCACCUCACCGAUCUCUCUCCUCUCUCCUCCUCUUCCUUUAACCUCUUCCCUUUCCCUUGCUUUGUUUCUCCUCCUGCAUCUCUCGGAUCUGUCAAACCAUGAAGACCGCUUCCAUCCUCGCCGCUGCGGCUGCGCUCUCCGCUCCCGCCCUCGGACAGUACAACACUGGCCACGGCAAGAAGCUCGUCACCUCCAAGGCCCUCCAGAAGCUCAUCAACCUCGAUGACCUCCUCGCUGGAUCCCAGAAGCUGCAGGACUUCGCCGAUGCCAAUGGCGGCAACCGCGCCUUCGGUGGUGCAGGCCACAAUGCCACCGUUGACUGGUUGUACAAGGAGUUGAAGAAGACCGGGUACUACAACGUCGAGAAGCAACCUUUCGUCGAGCUCUUCUCCGCCGCUACCGUCGGCUUCACCGCCGCUGGCGAGAGCUACGCCGCCGCCUACAUGACCUAUGGCCCUUCCGGUUCCGUCGAGCAGACCCCGCUCGUCAAGGUCGCCAACAUCGGUUGCACGGCAGAGGACUACCCUGCCGAGGUCAAGGACAAGGUCGCACUCAUCUCUCGUGGCGAAUGCCCUUUUGCGCAAAAGGCUACGCUCGCGAAGGCCGCUGGAGCUGUCGGCGCGGUCAUCUACAACAACAUCCCCGGUGCUCUGGCUGGUACCCUCGGCGCCGUCGGUAACUACGCUCCCACCGUGGGUGUCGUGCAAGAGACUGGAAACGCUCUCAUUGCUGCCCUCGAGGCCGGCGAGGUCCUCGUCGAUCUCAGCGUAGACACCAUCGAGCAGAACCGCACUACCUACAACGUCAUCGCCGAGACGAAGGGAGGCGACCACAACAACGUCCUCGUCCUCGGUGGUCACUCCGACUCUGUCUUCCAGGGACCAGGUAUCAAUGAUGACGGCUCUGGCACCAUUGGUGUCUUCGCUGUCGCCAAGGCCCUCACCAAGUUCAACGUCAAGAACGCCGUCCGCUUCGCUUUCUGGUCCGCAGAGGAAUUCGGCAAGUUGGGCUCUUUCCACUACCUCAAGACCCUCAAUGGCUCCAUCUCCGGCUCCGCCGCUGAGGUCUCCAAGAUCCGCGCCUAUCUCAACUUCGACAUGAUCGCAUCUCCCAACUACGUCCUUGGAAUCUACGACGGAGAUGGCAAUGCCUUCAACUUCUCCGGUCCCGCUGGUUCCGAGACGAUUGAGCGCGACUUCGAGGAGUUCUACGAGAACAAGGGUCUCCCCCACGUCCCCUCCCUCUUCUCCAUGCGCUCCGACUACGCCGCCUUCCUCGAGAACGGCAUCCCCUCCGGCGGUCUCUUCACCGGAGCCGAGGAGCUCAAGACGGAGGAAGAAGCCCAGCUCUUCGGCGGCGAGGCCGGCGUCGCCCUGGACGCAAACUACCACCAGAAGGGCGAUGACAUCAACAACCUCGCGCACGACGCCUACCUCCUCAACACCCAGAGCAUCGCCAACAGCGUCGCCAAGUACGCUGUCGACUUCAAGGGCAUCCCCAGGCCCAACGCGACCCUCAGGAAGAGGAGCGCCGACAGCGUCCGCUACCUCGCCAGGUUCGACCACGGCUCCUCGCACAACCACGCCGCGCCCUGCGGAAACACCCAAAGGGUGUCGGUCUAGACGAGCGUGAGCGUGAGCGUGAGCGUGAGCUCGUUUUUGCUUUUUUGUAUACUUCUUUUUCGAUUCUACGAGUAUUUGUACGUGACGAUGAGAUGACGAGAUGAUUGAUAUCAAAUUUUAAAAUAGGGAAGAGAUCUAUGUAGUUGUAGUACGCGGGAUAUCCAUACCUUUUUUCUUGAACGGAGGGGAUGGAAGAUGAAAUAAAAAGUUCAACAAAUCACAC